UUCUGAUAGUUUUGUUGUACUGACGCUGUUUGUUAUUUGAUAGAAGAUCAGUUUGGCCAGGCAAUUAUUGCAAUCAUUUUCUCUUGAAGUAGGGUAUACUAUUUGUUGUCGAAACUCAUUUUCUACGCUAGGAUAUUGAAAGUUUGCGACUUUUCACAUUGAUUUUUUGUUUCGGCCGUUAAACGGAGAGGGGGACAGGCUAUUUACCAAUAUACUAACUUGCCUUAAUUCCUAUUAAAUAAAUAAUGGACAGAUUUUUUUUAAAGGAAGGAAACAUUUCACUACAGGUUACGUUGAUUUGUUCCCUCUUACCCUCCAGAUAUUGAGCAAAUAACAAAUCACUGACUACACAGUAUUAUUCUCGGGCACCGUACGAGAAUAACUGUAGCCCUGACGUUUGCUACAAAUAAUAUUGAAAAGAGAAGAAAUCAUUAUUCGGAUUGGUUAUAAAUGUAUGUUAAGUGUUGUCGACGUUAUUUGAGAUGCAAUUCAAAGACUAAGAAGAAGAAUAGAAGUGUCAGGUGAUUUCAUCAACACGAGGAACCAUCUAGUGAUUGCAUCGCUAAGUUUACCCUGCUCCUGCGUUGUUAUCCCUCAACUCCAGUGGAAGGGAAGAAGAGAAGGUGUAGCAGCACCGGUGCAGUGGCCCUCGCCUGAUAAAUGUCUACCUGCGCUGACAUUUUUAUGGGUCUUCAUCAGCCAAAGCUGCUCUGUGAGGCAGAUCUCCCAGGUGGAUCGUAGCAACGCGUCAACUCUAAUAGAGCCUCCCCCAGUCCACUCCCCAGCCAUCUGACAGACCCAACAAACAUCAAAGUUUUUCUUCCUUCUAACUAUCAGGCUCUUCCACUCAGUGUCUGUACAGAGGGGGAUGUCUGUUAUCUAACUGCUCUGUCUACCAAUCUACCAGCUCAGCUCAGUCCAAUCUAGCCCUGCUCCCCUGACUCAACUUCCGGCCACCCUCAGCCAUGGAGGACUAUGAGGUGUGCUCGGCCGCCAGUAUUCUGGCUUCGGUGAAAGAGCAGGAGGCGCGUUUCGAGCGCCUGACCCGGGCGCUGGAGGAGGAGCGACGCAACGUCUCCCUGCAGCUGGAGCGUUCCAACAUAACAGCCGACAGGCUGGGAGGGACUGGGCCUAAUGCUAACCUGCCACCCAACAGCCAACCCCUGGCCUGGCAGCAGGUGGUGAUGCAGGAGCAGAGCCCCAGUAACCAGACGUCUCUGGCCAUGAUGCAGGAGCCCCAGGAGAUGGUGGAGGAGACGGUCACCAUUGAGGAGGACCCUGGCACGCCCACCUCCCACGUUUCCGUAGUCACCUCCGACGACGGCACCACGCGACGCACAGAAACCAAGGAUAUGUCAACUAACCUGAAGGUGACCAGGGUGAUCAAAACCAUCACCCGCCACACUUACCUGCCAGUGACCAUCAUCGAGACCCCGGUGGUGCCGGAAGGUUCCAUCUCACCGCAGUCCAAACCCAGCACCUCUUCUCCCACCCCGUCACAGACAGACACAGUGACGAAGAUGGUGAAGACGGUGACCACGCGGACGGUUCGACAGGUGCCCCUGGGCCCCGACGGCCUGCCCCUACCCGAGGGCUCCUCCCCGCUGGGCAGCUACACAGACUCCAUCGACCGGCGCUACCUGAAGAACGGCGAGCGCUAUAUCACCACGCCGCAGGCCACCUCCACGCUCACACGCUCCUACAACAACUACAACGACACCUACACCGACACGCUCCCCCCCGAUGCAGGCGGGAGCCAUUAUGGUGGGCGCCACUAUGGCCUCCACGACGGCUACGGGAUUGGAGACGUGACAGACAACUACGGCAGCCUGUCGCGUGGCGUCAACUUCCGGCCGCCCCGCUAUCCCUACGCCAUGGCUAACAGCUACCGGACGGAGAACAGCUACGGGACCUUACCCAUUCGGAAGGAUGACUACGGCCACGUGGCCCAGCCUCAGGUGCCCAUGGGCAGCAGCAGUGUGGACCUGAACCGAUCCCAGCCAGAACGCUUCCAGCCAGAGCCCUACGGACUGGAGGACGACCGCCGCAGCCUGGGCCCUGAGGAGGAGGAGCCCUAUGACCUGGACCCUGACUACUCCACCGCCAGCCGGCGCCAAGGCACGCUGCCUGGCACCAACCGUGGCAGGACCGUGAGAGAGCCACUCCGUGACGGGCCACGUGUCAGGGGGUACGAUGACCCCAUCGAGGCAGAGCUGGUUGACGAGCGACACCCCUACAUCCAUGGCAUGUACGCGGCCCCACUGGCCCAACCCGAGAGGGGGAGCAUGGCCAGCCUGGACCGCCUGGCUGGCCGCCGCUCGCCCUCCAUAGACAGCAUCCGCAAGGACCCGCGCUGGCGUGACCCUGACCUGCAAGAGGUCAUCGCCAUGCUGGGUCACCCUAUCGACCCGGUCAAGUCCAACGCCGCCGCCUACCUGCAGCACCUGUGCUACGAGAACGACAAGAUCAAGAAGGAUGUGCGCCAGCUGAAGGGGAUCCCUGUGCUGGCAGGGUUGCUGGACCACCCCAAGGCUGAGGUCCACCGCAAGGCCUGUGGAGCCCUGAGGAACAUCUCCUACGGCAAGGACCACGACAACAAGGUGGCCAUCAAGAACUGCGAUGGUAUCCCAGCCCUCAUCCGCCUGCUGAGGAAGACCAACGACAUGGAGGUCCGUGAGCUCAUCACAGGGACCCUGUGGAACCUGUCUUCAUAUGAGCCUCUGAAGAUGGUGAUUAUAAACCACGGGCUUCAGACUAUGACCAACGAGGUCAUCAUCCCCCACUCAGGCUGGGAGCACGAGCCCAACGAGGACUCCAAGCCCCGCGACGCAGAGUGGACCACCGUCUUCAAGAACACCUCUGGUUGUCUGAGGAACGUGAGUUCGGACGGGGCCGAGGCGAGGCGCAGGCUGAGGGAGUGUGAGGGGCUGGUGGACGCUCUGCUCCACGCCCUGCAGUCAGCUGUGGGGAAGAAAGACAUGGACAACAAGUCUGUGGAGAACUGUGUGUGUAUCAUGAGGAACCUGUCCUACCACGUUCACAAGGAGAUCCCAGGGGCCGAGAAGUUCACAGACCCAUCAGUGCUGCAAGCCCCGGGCUCUGUGGGCCCUCAGAGGAAGAAGAAGGACGACGCAGGCUGCUUCGGAGGGAAGAAGGCCAAAGAGGAGUGGUUUAAUCAAGGCAGGAAAAACGGAGAGAAUGCCAAAAGCUACGACACUCUGGAUCUCCCCAAACGCACUGAACCCACAAAAGGUUUUGAGCUGCUGUACCAGCCAGAGGUAGUGAGGCUGUACCUGUCUCUGCUCACUGAGAGCCAGAACUACAACACUCUGGAGGCUGCAGCAGGGGCCCUGCAGAACCUCAGUGCCGGACAGUGGACCUGGUCCAACUACAUACGAGCCACUGUGAGGAAGGAGAAGGGUCUUCCCAUCCUGGUGGAGCUGCUGCGUUCUGAUGCUGACAAGGUGGUCCGAGCCGUGGCCAUCGCCCUGCGUAACCUCUCCAUCGACCGCCGCAACAAAGACCUGAUCGGGAGCUAUGCCAUGAGGGACCUGGUGAGUAACCUGCCCAGUGGUCAGCAGCGGCCAGCUAAGAACCUGGAGGAAGACACAGUGGUGGCCAUCCUCAACACCAUCCACGAGAUCGUGACGGACAGCUCCGAGAACGCACGCUCCCUCAUCCAGGCCCAGGCCAUCGAGAAACUGGUGGCCAUCAACAAGACAAGCCAAUCACCACGUGAGAACAAGGCUGCCUCCCAUGUGCUGCAGACGGUGUGGAGCUACAAGGACCUGAGGAACGCCCUGACCAAGGAAGGAUGGAAUAAGAGCCACUUCCAGUCUACAGCAAGCGGCGCCCCUAAAGCAGCCAAGAAUGGCAAACCAGGCUACGACGACACUACCCUGCCCCUGAUGGAGAAGAACCAAGGUCAGUCUGUGACGGCAGGCGAGACUGGGGAUCCUCCGGGCCUGACCUACUGUAGUGAACUGAAUGGCUACUCCACCAUCGACCAGAGAGACAAGGACUGCAAGUACAAGAGUAGUGGCGACGGGUCAGUGGACCUGACAGAACGGGAGCCAUUGAAGAAUGAGACAAAUAGGAAACACUAUGUCAGGAGUAACAGGCCUGCAGUCAAUCUGGUGGAUGCUUGUGACGUUAAACCUCAGCCUGUUGACUCCUGGGUCUAAAUGCAUAUGCAUGGCUUAAAUAACAACAGCGCAACAUCUCAACUAGAUGAGGAUUUCCCACGUCAUCACUGCCAUAACACAUGGAGCUUAUUUUGAUGUUGACUCGUCAGAAGAUAGACUUUGUAAAUGAGAGAGAGAAACAAAACAACAACAAAAUGAUCAUCCAUCAGCCAAUGUUUCAUGCUUUUUGAAUCAGCAAAUGAAAUGUAUAGAACAGAAAAUCAAAAAAUGACUACUUCUACUACUACUCAUAUCUACAUUCCCACUGGAUGGACAAACAUAGUGUACACGAACAUGAGGACUGACUGGAGCAGCUCUGGUGUCAGGAUGGAAGAAUGGAGGCAGUUAUCCUCCUCGGGAUACAAGUGUUCUAAAGCUCUGUCUUUACGCUUACUCCAAGGAUGGUUGGUGGUGGCGUGAGGCAGGAGAGAACGUUAUGUUUGUUGAUUCUACUGCUUGCAAAGGUGGUGGGAAAGGGGAAAGAGAGAAUUGAACUAUUUAAUUUUCAUGUCAAAAUGAAGUUUGCUUCCAAUUGUUUAUUUCCACGUAACAAUUUAGCUUUUUGUUUCCAUUUUUAUUUUUGUUAGUCUUUCCUCGAGGCACUGUAAAUUGUAUUUGUUUGUAAUAUUGUUUUUGUUUUGCUGGUCUGUCUUUUUCAUUUUAGUUUGAAGAAGUGUGGACUAUUGUGGUAGAUGGCAGAUGAAUGUUGUUGUGGUUUUAAGUUGAGGACUUGACGCUUGAGCGUCGCUUAAAGGAGCUGUAACACACGCCACACAUGCUCUUUUCACACGCGAAGGCUCUCAAACACAUUUGUCAUACAAUGGUUCACUGUGUUUCUUUAAGUGCACUGGGAUCAUUGCUGUGCAACUCAUAGGGGACUGACUGGGUGCUGAUUCAGUUCAUAAACCCACAAGAAUUUCACACACCUGCAAGUGUUGAUUGGAGUUAGGGAAGUGAAAUGACAUGUACAUUUGGUUGGGUUACUUAUAGCUGUUGAGUAAAACAAAAUGAAAAUAUAUUUUCUGAAUCGA